AGUCGAUAAAACCACCUGAUCGAGGACAAGGAAGGCACAGCGGAGCGCAGAGGAGAACCACCACCAGCGGCCGCCAGGCGCCAGGCAGCGACCCCUGCAGCGGUGGACGGCGCGCCGGCCCGGCCAUGCCCGCGCUCUGGCUCAGCUGCUGCCUCUGCGUCUUGCUCCUGCCCGCCGCCCGGGCCACCUUCAGGAGGGAAGUCUGUGAUUGCAAUGGGAAGUCCCGGCAAUGUGUCUUUGAUCCAGAACUUCACAGGCAGACAGGGCAUGGAUUCCGCUGCCUCAACUGCAAUGACAACACCGGUGGCAUUCACUGCGAGCGGUGCAAGGAAGGAUUCUACAGGCAGAGGGAAAGAGACCGCUGUUUACCCUGCAACUGUAACUCCAAAGGGUCUCUUAGCGCUCGCUGUGACAGCUCCGGACGGUGCAGCUGUAAGCCAGGUGUGACAGGAGACAGGUGUGACCGAUGUCUGCCAGGCUUCCACACACUCACUGAUGCCGGGUGCACCCAAGACCAAAGGCUAAUAGACCCCAGGUGUGACUGUGACCCAGCUGGCGUCUCGGGGCCCUGCGACUCAGGCCGCUGUGUCUGCAAGCCGGCCGUCACCGGGGAGCGCUGUGAUAGGUGUCGACCAGGGUACUAUCACCUGGAUGGAGGAAACCCGGAGGGCUGUACCCAGUGUUUUUGCUACGGGCAUUCAGCCAGCUGCCACAGCUCUGGGGACUACAGCGUCCACAAAAUCACCUCUGCCUUCCAUCAGGAUGUUGACGGCUGGAAGGCUGUCCAAAGAAAUGGGUCUCCUGCAAAGCUCCAUUGGUCACCCCGCCACCGGGACGUGUUUAGCUCGGCACGACGAUCGGACCCUGUCUAUUUUGUAGCUCCUGCCAAAUUUCUCGGGAAUCAGCAGGUGAGCUAUGGGCAAAGCCUGUCUUUUGACUACCGUGUGGACAGGGGCGGCAGACACCCAUCUGCCCACGACGUGAUCCUGGAAGGUGCCGGUCUCCGGAUCACAGCUCCCUUGAUGCCGCUUGGCAAGACACUGCCUUGUGGGAUCACCAAGACUUACACAUUCAGAUUAAAUGAACAUCCAAGCAGUAACUGGAGCCCCCAGCUGAGUUACUUUGAGUACCGGCGGCUACUGCGGAACCUCACAGCCCUCUGGAUCCGAGCUACCUACGGCGACUACAGCACUGGCUACCUGGACAACGUGACCCUGAUUUCGGCCCGCCCCGUCUCCGGAGCCCCCGCACCCUGGGUUGAACAAUGUGUCUGUCCUGUUGGGUACAAGGGGCAGUUCUGCCAGGAUUGUGCUUCUGGCUACAAAAGAGAUUCACCCAGACUGGGACCUUUUGGCACCUGUAUUCCAUGUAACUGCCAAGGGGGCGGGGCCUGCGACCCGGACACAGGGGACUGCUACUCAGGGGAUGAAAAUCCUGACAUCGGGUGUGCCGACUGCCCCCUGGGCUUCUACAAUGAUCCGCACGACCCCCGAAGCUGCAAGCCGUGCCCCUGUCGCAACGGGUUCAGCUGCUCCGUGAUGCCCGAGACAGAGGAGGUCGUGUGCAAUAACUGCCCCCUCGGGGUCACGGGUGCCCGCUGCGAGCUCUGCGCCGAGGGCUACUUCGGGGACCCCUUUGGGGAGCGUAGCCCAAUGAGGCCUUGUCAGCCCUGUCAGUGUAACAACAACGUGGACCCCAGCGCCUCCGGGAACUGUGACCGCCUGACGGGCAGGUGUCUCAAGUGCAUCCACAACACAGCCGGCGCCCACUGCGACCAGUGCAAAGCAGGCUACUUCGGGGACCCCUUGGCUCCCAACCCAGCGGACAAGUGUCGAGCUUGCAACUGUAACCCAAUGGGCUCUGAGCCUGUGGAGUGUCGAAGCGAUGGCAGCUGCAUUUGUAAGCCAGGAUUUGGUGGCCCCAACUGUGAGCACGCAGCAUUAACCAACUGCCCAGCUUGCUAUGAUCAAGUGAAGAUUCAGAUGGAUCAGUUUGUGCAGCAGCUCCAGAGCCUGGAGGACCUGAUUUCGAAGGCUCAGAGCGGUGGAGGAGGAGCACCCAACGCGGAGCUGGAAGGCAGGAUGCAGCAGGCUGAGCAGGCCCUUCGGGACAUGCUGAGAGAAGCCCAGAUUUCACAAGAGGCCAUGCGGUCUCUCAGCCUCCGGUUGGACAAGGCAAGGAGCCAAGAAAAUACCUACCGGAACCGCCUGGAUGAGCUCAAGAUGACGGUGGAGAGGUUUCAGGCCCUGGGCAGUCAGUAUCAGAAUCGAGUUCAGGACACCCGGAGGCUCAUCACUCAGAUGCGCCUGAGCGUGGAGGAGAGCGGGUCUUCUCUGCGCAGCACGAACAUCCCAUCCCCAGACCACUACGUGGGACCAAAUGACUUUAAAAGUCUGGCUCAGGAGGCCAUGAGAUUGGCAAACAGCCAUGAGGAGUCAGCCAGGAACAUGGAGCAACUGGCAAGGGAAACUGAAGAUUAUUCCAAACAAGCUCUGUCACUGGCGCGAAAGGCUUUUCGGGAAGGAGGCGGCAGCGGCAGCCUGGACGGCUCCGUGGUGCAAGGGCUUGUGGGAAAACUGGAGAAAACGAAGUCUCUGGCUCAGCAGUUGUCCAGGGAAGCCACUGAAACUGACAUCGAAGCAGAUAAGUCUUAUCAACAUAGUCUCCGCCUUCUCAAUUCCAUGUCUCAGCUCCAGGGAGUCACUGAUCCGUCCUUGCAGGAAGAAGCAAAGAGGAUCAGACAAAAAGCUGAUUCUCUCUCAAGCCUGGUGACGAAGCAUAUGGAUGAAUUCAAGCGUGUGCAGAGCAAUCUGGGAAACUGGGAAGAAGAAACCCGGCAGCUCUUACAGAAUGGGAAGAAUGAGAGACAGCAAUCAGCUCAGCUACUUUCCCGGGCCAACCUUGCUAAAAGCAGAGCCCAAGAAGCACUAAGUAUGGGCAAUGCCACUUUUUAUGAAGUUGAGAGCAUCUUAAAGAACCUUAGAGAGUUCGACCUGCAGGUUGGAGACCGAAAAGCAGAAGCUGAAGAGGCCAUGAAGAGACUGUCUUACAUCAGCCAGAAGGUGGCCGAGGCCAGUGAGCAGACUCAGCAAGCAGAGGAAGCCCUGGGCACUGCUGCUGCUGACGCCCAGAGGGCAAAGGACGCAGCCAGGGAGGCCCUCGAGAUCACCGGCAAGAUAGAACAGGAGAUAGAGAGUCUGAACUUGGAAGCCAAUGUGACAGCAGAUGGAGCCUUGGCCAUGGAGAAGGGACUGGCCACUCUGAGGAGUGAGAUGAGAGAAGUAGAAGGAGAGCUGGCCAGGAAGGAGCGGGAGUUUGACAUGGAUAUGGACGCCGUACAGAUGGUGAUUACAGAAGCCCAAGGAGCUAAUAACAGAGCCAAGAAUGCUGGAGUUACGAUCCAAGAUACACUUGACAACUUGGACAGCAUCCUACACCUAAUAGACCAGCCUGGCAGUGUGGAUGAAGAGGGGCUGGUUUUAUUGGAGCAGAAGCUUUUCAAAGCCAAUACUCAGAUCAAAAACCAGUUGCAGCCCUUGAUGUUGGAGCUGGAAGAAAGGGCACGUCGCCAGCAAGGCCAACUCCGUUCGCUGGAGAUGAGCAUAGAUGGGAUUCUGGCUGAUGUAAAAAACUUGGAGAACAUUCGGGACAACCUGCCCCCAGGCUGCUAUAACACCCAGGCUCUUGAGCAACAGUGAGGCUGCCGUAGUGAUUUCUCAACUGAGGUUCUCGGGACACAGACCUCAGGGCUCAGGAGCUAUCUCAAGUGGAUGGGGUGGGAUGUGGACGUCUGAACAUGUUGAAAGGCAUGCUCAGGUCAGCGGAACCUGAUUCCAUCCCUGAGACCUGGGCCAGACAAAUGUCUUAUUGCACCAACGUGAUGCUAUUUGCUUUCUGAUGCUGGAUAAUGAGGCAAAUAGCAUUGAGUAGGAGACUGAUCAAGGACCUGGAUCCCAAGGGUAGACUGGAUGGAAGGACAAAAUGUACGGGCAGAUGAUUGCCUCAGAAUAGGCGCAAACUGAGUCCUGGAGUAUGGACAAGCGCUGCUGGGGGAUAGCUCAUUCAUUCUUUGAGUAAUGUGACCAAAGGAAAAUAUUUUAACUUGGCUCAUGCAUAAAAUUCUUCCUAAUGUCAGAACAGAGAGUGAAGUCCAGUCAUACUUUGGCCAGUAAAAUACUAUUGACUCCUAGUGUCCAGUGUUCUUGUUGACCAAAGUUCUUCCCACUUGCCACCCAGUACACAAGCAUGUACUCCACUUUCAAGCUGGAAGAAGAGAGCAGUGAUGGAGUGAGGAGCUGCAAGCCUGGCCCAUUUGGGGCAAUGAUGCCUGCCGUGCCCUGCUACCUUCAAGUUCCUCUGAACCUGAGCGUGGCAUCUGUUCUCCUGAUGAUGCCACAGUAUCACCCUAUCAGCAUUUCCUACUAGCAAAGCAAACACUGGGAAUUCACUUUUGGGUUUCAAAGUAAUAAAAAAAUGUAACUUGGGCAUUGAAAGAAGUACAAUAUCAUCUAGAAGAUGUAUUAGUCCCAAUUCAGUCCCACUUCAAACAUUAAAAAUUAUUUGCACCCAUGUGUUAUCUCUCUCUCUCUCUCUCUCUCUCUCAGAGAAUGUUCCUACUCACACUGGAGCUAUAUAAAAGUCACCCUUCCAUCCAUCCAUCCUUACGACAUAUAUUUAUUGAGUACCUCCUGUAUGCCAGGGGCUGGGGUACAAUGGUCACAGUCUCUGCCCUCAUAGAGUUGAUUGUCUAGUGAGGAGGUUAGACAUUCAAAAAAAUAAAUUUAAACUUACAAAUCUGUUCGUCACAAGUGGUGUUUAUUGCAAUCACCCCCUGGUUUGCAGCCUCUUUUCUCAACAGGACAUAUGUUGCAAGACACUCCCUUGGGGGCACUUGGGUUUUGGCAAAGCUGAGACGGCUCUGGGUUGUGCACACGUCUUUGUAUUCCAGCUGUCCCUCUGCCCCUUUCCACAACCUAUUGCAACAGACCGUUGAGUCAUGACACCAGUGGGAAUUGCUGGAAAAGCCAGAGGCCCUUCCACCUCAGCUCAGAAGACGUGGGCACUGCCUCACCUCUGUAUUUCGUUGGCUUUUCGGGAACAUGUUUUUAAUAAAGAAUAAUUCUUAGAUGCCUGUGGUCAAUUUCUAAUUUGUUAAACUCUAAGCCUGGGGUGGAGGUUCCAAAACCAUGGAAACUGAAACAAAACCACAGAAAGAGCAAGGAGUCCUAGAGUCAGCCUCCUUAAGUCCUUUUUCUGAGCAUCUGUCUGGCCCUUUCCAACCACGAGAGUAUUUUGUGAGAUUUCACUGGCACUAUCUCCUAAGCAUGAAGAAGGAUUUAUUUUUGGAACACCCUGAGCAAGGUAGGGGUUAUAAUGAAUAUUUUUGUCUUUUUAUUGGCUAUAAAGAUAAAAUCAGUAGUUUGUGGUACAUUGCUUUCCAAUACAUUAAAAUAUAAUAAAUUAAGAUCUUGAAUUGGCCAUCUACCCAAGUGGCUGAGAAAAGGACUCUGCUCCUUUCCACCCUGACCCUCCCUGCCCCUGCCAGGUACAGACAGGUCUGGUCACUUUGCUUUACCUUCUGUGGGAGUGAACCGAUAAUCCUGUCUUGACACACUCAACCACAUUGCUUUAAUUAACUAGUGCCCAGAAAAGAAGGUGUAUUCUAUUAGAUUAACUACUAUAUCACAUAGACCUAAACAUGUACGUAACUCAAACACAAUAGAUGUUUUUCUUGUUCCCAUAACAUGCUGAAUGGGGAGAAAGUUGGUAGGCUGGCCCUCCAUGUAGUCAUUCCAGAAGCCCUGCCAUUUAUAACAUGUGACUUUUAGGGUUACCCUGACAAUCAUCUCCACUCCAGUGGGUGGAAGGAGAAAAAGAUAUGGAAGAGGGAGACAUAUGGAAGGUUUUUGUGGGCCAAGCCUAGGAGGGGCUGUAAGUCACUUUCUCUCACAUUCACAUCUAACUUACCAGGGAACUGGGGAAUAUAGGACAAUCUAAAAAGGGGAGAAUGCAUCGUUAGUGAUUGGCUCUCUGUCUCUGCUGAGUAAAGGGCUAGGCAGUACAUACAAUAGGGAACUUCGUGAGGGACCCAAUGACUUACUAACCAAGGAGCAUGCAAUCUUAAAAGACUCCUCAGUGGGAUAGAUUGUUGUGUCAUAAGAAUGUCUUCCUGACAAGUAAUCCCUGAGAAGAGAGAAAGGCCAUGUGACUCAGAGACAGCCUACCUGGGACUUAGCCUCUGUUGCCAGACUUGACCUGACCCUGCCAUAUUGAGGGAGCUUUUUCCUUCUGAUUUCUCAUCAGUACUUGUAAUUUGUAGUGAAAACUUUCUUAUACUUCGCCACUGAGAGUUUUCUGGAGAAUUGUGCCGACGAUAGGCAAUUACUAGUACACGCAUCAUCAUCUACUUUGACUCACAGGGAUUUCUGUAUGGAGAUGGGAGUAGAAAUAAAACUGCCCAUGGACUAGAACUUCUUAGCAGAUGUAUUUCUGGUCUUAUCCCAGGAUGUGGUUUCCUUCCAGUACUCUUGGGAGGCUGGGGGAAGGGCAGGAAGAUACUCAGUCAUGUCCAAUGUUUGGAACAAGUCUCAAGGACCAGGAAUAUGUUUAUCGUGUCAUCUUUCAAUGUUUUGCAUCGUCAUGGCGAUGUUAUGGAUUCUUGCUGUGGUUCCGUUUUCCCACCUGGAAAGCAGAGACUGUUGUUGUUUGUUCUCUGCGUUUGUUCCACUAUGGACUACGUGAAACUUCCUAGGAAAUUCCAAGAUCUGAAGCUUAUUUAUGGGUCAUGUGGGAAGAAAUGUUAAUGUGUUCGUAUAUGUUCAUUCAUAUUUAAAAUACCUAUUUGACAAGUUCGUGAACGUUAGCAGAUCAAAUCAGUGUUUAUACCUUCAUUUAAACAAGCCCUCAUCAUUAUAUACUUUUAGGACAGAGAAAAAAGUAUUUAGCUUUGUGCCAAAAUAGCAAACAUAAAUACAAGUCAUCAAUUUACAAGGCGUUUUGAGCAUCAUUAUCCUAUGCCACCAAACUCACACGGAUACACACGAAGCUCAUUAAUCUCAAUUUUAGCCGAAA